CUCUUCUUCUGUUUAGAAAAUCCUGAGCACCACUGUGCAAGCCUCCAAACCCACCACGGUGCAGCCUCAAAUAUGCUAGAUUAGUCUAUUCUCUCUCGGCUCCUCACAUCAACAACUCUGCUGCAUGUAACGCCAGUAAUCAAUCAUGCUGGGAUUAUCAUAUGGUGAAAUUUUCGUUAUUCUUGGAGCAACUGCUGCUCUUAUCGGGCCUAAGGAUCUUCCACUCAUUGCAAGAACUGCCGGUCGAUUAGCUGGCCGAGCUAUUGGUUAUGUUCAAUUAGCUCGUGGUCAAUUCGAAAAUGUCAUGCAACAAACUCAAUUUCGUCAGGUAAAUAAAGAACUGCAAGAUACAAUGGCACAGCUAGAAGCUAUUCGCUAUGAAAUUCGCAGCAUUUCUGUCAUGAACCCUGGUCCAUUGACACGAAGACUGAUGGAUAAUCCUGACCAAGAUAAUACGAACUCAGGGGCUACUGCCAAUACUGGGCCUCAAAAUAUCAGUGAAGAGAGCACUGCUCCUAGGCAACACCUGGUCCAACCUCAACAAAUCCAACAACAGCUGCACAGCUUUAAGACAGAGACUAGUGUGUUUAAGGAACAUGGCUCAGUGGCUUCUGGAACAUCUAAUUUGUAUAGUCAGGCAACAGCUUAUGCUAAGUUGGCAGAAACCCCUGCAGUAAAAUCUGGGACAAUAGAAGGUAGUGUCAGUAUGGACACAGUUGAUGACAGACCUGGCCUUCUGUCAGUCCUUCCUGUAUCUGCUGAAAGUGCAGGUUUACUGCCAAAUCGUCAAGGUGAAGUAACAGGUUCUGAUAUUGUUCUAGAAGCAGUAUUAGAGGCAGAAGUUGCUCGCAAUGCCAAAGAAUUUUUCUCCCAGCCACAGAAUGAGAUCAAAUUUGAAUAAGUUACAUGCAGGUUGCUGAUUGGAAGAGAAUCAAGCCCAUUAAAAGCUUGAAUACCGUUCAUUUUGCUGCAAUUCAAGUUUAUUUAUCGAAAUUCCUGCUCUCCUAACAUUCUUGCAUUAAUUUCAUAGCAGAAGCUUAGUGCUGCUUAGCUGGAGAAAGGAUUUAUCAGAGGGACACCGUUUGCACUCUUGCUGAAGUUUUGAGAAAGAAAACUCUAAUGCAUAAAACCGUUUGCAUAUUUACCCUGAAAACAUUAUAUUGAUUGAGAAGUUGAGAGCUGAUAGGCCAUACUUGAACUAUCAACAUUUAAUGUACUAACAAGGUCGUCGGAUGAUUUCUUACAUUUGUAAGUUCUUUUUCAGCUCUUUGGGUUUACAUUCAGUUAUGCCUCCAAAUCUUGGUCAAGAGAGCCAUUGGUUGCCAGAGUUGAUCCAGAAGUAUAUUAAUUUUGGGGUAUAUCUAUCGCAGGAAUUACCUGUGAUUCCUGUAUGCGCAUGCAAUUUUUGCUGUGGUAAUUUCAUCUUACUAUAUUACUCAAGAAAAUUUCAAGGUUGGCUAGAGCCGAAGUUUAAAAGUCUGGUUCGUGCAACGCAACCUUGAUUGAUGAUCCUUCUAGGACUUUCCACAUUCAAGGUUGAAAUCUUCAGUAUAUUUUGGCAAGGGGAAAAUGACUCGAGUCUUGACUUAGGUGAGAACUGCAUAUGUUGCUGGCAUUUUUCCAAUUAUUACAAGGUAUGGUAUCAGUGUUGCUACAUAAUAUAUCAAAAGAAAGCAGCAAAUCUUGUAUGAAACGUCUCACAAUAACUUGCAGCGAAGUCAAGGUAACAUAUUACUCCCGCGUAUACAUUUACAAGGGUUUGAGCUAUUAGCCUAUUACAUUAGUGUGAUGAAACUGUAUAUUCUCAAAUCAUUCAUGUAAUGGAUGCUAUUGAGCUAAAGAAUUUUAGAGUUUAUGCAUGGAAGUCAAUUGUUG